AUGAACCACGUCUUCAAGUACCAAGCGAGCUGGACGGACGGGCAGAGUGGCUCUGCUCUUUCCUCAGAGUGUUUUCCCCCCCCCCCUCUCUCGCUCUUGUCAGCAGCUUCCACGCCGACCGCGAAGAUGCACCGUCCUGUAGGAGGACUGAUAUUGUUAUUGCUGGUGGCUUUGUGGAUUUUCUGCAGCGUCAACUGCGUGCGUGGAGCGUUGCCAACAACUCCAAAAUGUGAUGAGGCUCUGUCCUCUCCUUUGCCGCACACAGCUUUUUCCAGCUCCUCAAUCUUCUCAAAUGGAUAUGCACCUGGAUAUGCCAAGCUCAACAGGCGAGGAGGUGCUGGUGGAUGGUCUCCACUCGAUAGUGAUCACUACCAGUGGCUGCAGGUCGACCUGGGCUUCAGAAAGCACAUGAGUGCCAUAGCAACACAGGGUCGCUACAGCAGCUCUGAUUGGACGACUCGGUACCGUCUACUCUACAGCGACACAGGAAGGAACUGGAAACCUUAUCAUCAGGAUGGCAACAUUUGGGCCUUCUCUGGAAACUCGAACUCAGAGAGUGCAAUUCGGCAUGAGCUGCAUCACGGAAUCGUAGCUCGCUUCCUGAGGUUUGUGCCCCUGGAAUGGAGCAAAGAAGGCAGGAUUGGUCUUCGGGUAGAAGUCUAUGGCUGCUCGUACUGGGCAGACAUGAUCAAUUUCGAUGGACAGGGUGUGAUCUCGUAUCGUUUCAAGGUAAAGAAGAUGAAGCUCAUCAAGGAUGUGAUUGCACUGAGGUUCAAGACGUCAGAGAGCGAGGGUGUGAUUCUCCAUGGGGAGGGCCAGCAAGGGGAUUACAUCACCUUGGAGCUUCGCAAGGCCCAGCUGCAGCUGCAAAUUAACCUGGGUAGUAACCAGUAUGGCUCAAUUCUGGGUCACACGUCAGUCACGACAGGCAGCCUCUUGGAUGACAACCACUGGCACUCAGUCGUUAUUGAGCGUUACCGUCGUAAUGUCAACUUCACUCUAGACAGACACACUCAGCACUUCAGGACCAACGGGGAGUUUGACCACCUCGACUUAGACUAUGAGUUGAACUUUGGGGGGAUGCCUUACAGCGGCAAGCCAGUAGGAGGUGGGCGCAAGAACUUUAAAGGCUGCAUGGAGAGCAUCAACUACAAUGGAGACAACAUAACUGAUCUGGCCCGGAGAAAGAAGUUAGACACCUCAAGCUUUCGUAACCUGUCAUUUUCCUGUGUGGAGACGCAUUCCUUCCCCAUCUUUUUUAAUGCAACCAGUUUCCUGCAACUGCCUGGUUGGGCUGCUCACAACAUCAUAUCUGUGGGCCUCCAGUUCCGUACAUGGAACCUACAUGGGCUACUUAUCUUCAGUAACCUUGAUGAUGGAACUCUAGAAAUUUCACUUGAAGAUGGCAAGGUGGUCCUUCACAUCAAUGUAACCACAGCAGCCAGGCACUACCUGGUGGAGUUAACCUCAGGUUCUGGCCUUAAUGAUGGCCAAUGGCAUGCUGUACGUUUGAUUGCCAAGGAAAAUUUUGUCAUGUUGAUGAUAGAUGGCGAUGAAGCUUCUGCUGUACGUUCUACGUCACCACUCUCAAUCACCACUGGGGGAACGUAUCACCUGGGAGGGUAUUUUCUCCAGACAUUGUUCCCGCCUUCUCAGCGCUUCUUCCAGGGUUGCAUGCAAACAAUUGUUGUGGAUGACCAGCCAGCUGAUUUGCAUGCAGUGGAGAAAGGGACAGUCGGAGCUUUUGAGAAUGUCAGUCUGGACAUGUGUGCCAUUAUAGACAGAUGUAUGCCUAAUCAUUGCGAGCAUGGCGGCCGGUGUCAACAGAUAUGGGACAGUUUCAGCUGUACUUGCGAUGGAACUGGAUACACUGGUGCCACCUGUCACACUUCGAUCUAUGAGCCAUCAUGUGAGGCCUAUAAGCAUUUAGGCCGGUCCUCUGACAUCUACUGGGUAGACCCUGAUGGAAGUGGACCUCUGGGCCCCCUCAAAGUCAACUGCAACAUGACAGAGGACAAAGUGUGGACUGUAGUCAUGAACAACCUUCCACCCAAAACAACAGUGACUGGUUCCAGUAGAGAGAGACGCACCAUCCUCCAAGUCAACUACAGUGCAUCUAUGGACCAGGUAACAGCCAUCACCAUCAGUGCAGAACACUGUGAGCAACAAAUCACGUACAGAUGCCGCAUGUCCAGACUGCUCAACACUCCAGAUGGGACUCCUUACACAUGGUGGGUGGGCCGGGGCAGUGAGAAGCACUUCUACUGGGGUGGUUCAGGUCCUGGCAUCCAGAAAUGCGCCUGCGGCAUCGACAGAAACUGCACUGACCCUAAGUAUGAUUGCAACUGUGACGCUGACCACUCACAGUGGAGAGAAGAUUCUGGCCUCUUGACAUAUAAGGAACACUUACCAGUCAGCCAGGUUGCAGUGGGUGACACCAACCGAGCUGGCUCUGAGGCCAAAUUGACGGUUGGACCAUUGCGUUGCCAGGGAGAUGAUAACUACUGGAACGCCGCUUCAUUCACCACCCCAUCAUCCUACCUUCACUUUGCCACCUUCCAGGGGGAGACGAGUGCCGACAUUUCGUUCUAUUUCAAGACCAGCGCACCAUAUGGGGUCUUCCUGGAAAACUUGGGCAACACGGAUUUCAUACGUUUAGAGCUGAAAUCUCCCCAAGUUUUGUCCUUCUCUUUCGAUGUGGGAAAUGGCCCAGUGGAGUUAACGGUACAUUCUGCCGCACCUCUCAACGAUGACCAGUGGCACCGCGUCAUGGCUGAAAGAAACAUCAAGGAGGCAGUUCUCCAGCUGGACCAGACCUACCAUGUCUCUCGGCCAGCACCAGCGCAGGGGCACACACGGUUAGAACUGUUCAGCCAGCUCUAUGUGGGUGCCGCUGGGGGCCAGAGGGGUUUCCUGGGCUGCAUCCGAGCUCUACGGAUGAACGGUGUCACCCUUGACCUGGAUGAGAGGGCCAAGGUGACGCCUGGGGUCAAGCCCGGUUGCCAAGGCCACUGUACCAGCUAUGGCAUGUAUUGCCGCAACGGGGGGAAGUGUGUGGAGAAGUACAAUGGGUACUUGUGCGACUGCACUGCCACUGCCUAUGACGGCCCUUUCUGCACUCAAGAUGUUGGGGCCUUCUUCGAAACAGGAACAUGGGUCAGGUACAACAUCCUCCCUGAAGGUGCAGCAGGUGCAAUGAAGGACUCCAAGUUCCUCGCGAGUCACUCGACUUGGAAGGAGGUCAACUUAACCAAAGAGGAAGUGACGUUCAGUUUCAGCACAUCCAGUGCUCCAGCAAUUUUAAUGUAUGUCGGCUCAAGUACAGAGGACUACAUGGCAGUGGUGUUGAGGCACAAUGGUUCUCUACAAGUUCGCUAUAACCUGGGAGGCCUGAAGGAGCCGUUUGCCAUCGAUGUGGACCAGCGGAACCUAGCUAAUGGACAACCUCAUCACAUCAAUAUGUCUCGCAUUGACAGAAGCCUCACCAUCCAGUUGGAUCAUUACCCUGCAGUCAGCUACACCUUCCCAGAUGCCGCCGACACCAAGUUCAACCUGGUCAAGACGCUUUUCUUGGGCAAAGUUUAUGAAACAGGCCACGUUGACCCACUGGUGAUCGAGCGGUACAAUACGCCAGGUUUCAUUGGCUGUUUGUCACGGGUGCAGUUCAACGGAGUCGCCCCUCUCAAGUCUGCAUUAAGGAGGAGCACAGACACGGCUCUUGCGCAAGAAGAACACUCUGCAGCUGUGUCGCCGGUAUCUUUCCAGGGGAAAUUGGUGGAGUCUAACUGCGGGGCAUCACCUCUCACCAUCCCACCAAUGUCAGCCGCAACAGACCCUUGGCAUCUGGACAACACAGAUGCAGAAUUCCCAUUCAAUGAGGAAAGAGUGAUUCCUGAUGGAGUCAACAGAGACUCAGCCAUUAUUGGAGGGAUCAUUGCAGUGGUGAUCUUCACAAUUUUAUGCACUCUGGUCUUCUUGAUCCGCUACAUGUUCCGUCACAAAGGCACCUACCACACCAACGAGGCCAAAAGCGCCACAGAGCCCGCUGGCGAGUCUCCAGACACGGCAGUCAUCAGCACAGACAACCCAGAAACCAUUGAGGAGUCAAAGAAGGAGUGGUUCAUCUAACAACCGUUGACAUGACACUAAGACAGGAUGUGGGUCGUCUAACCACUAGUUGCCAACUAGAUCGAGAUGGUUACGUGAAAUGACCAGUUGCGGGAAGAAUUAAUUAAUGUCAUUCAGUAGGACAAUAAAUCUCCCAAAGGGAGAGGGACAUUGAUGAAUUUCUUUUGUUUUUGUUUUUAUAUAUAUAUCGAGAGAAAAGAAAAUAUGAGGGACUCAGCCGAGUGUUGUACAUGUAACUAUUAACUGGCUUGUCCUUUGUAUCGUGCUUGGGAGUUUUACGGAGUCCUUUGAAUACUGUAUAUGACAAAUAGUUAUAUUUACUGGGUUGCGUAAUAGGACAGGCUCUCUGUUCAUUUUUAUUUAGUUUUUUAACAAAAAUAUAUCUAAUAUCAAAAAAGAUCAACUCAUCAUGCCAAACCAUGAUUAUUUUGUUUUUGCAGACUGCGGUUGCACCAGCCUGCAAAAGCUUUGUAUAUACUUGUAUUUUAUUUUGAAUGAAAAAAAAAAUAUUUAGUGAGUCCAUUACAUGAAUACUAAUAUAUGAAGGGGUGUUUGGGUCACACUCAAAAGAAAUAAAGUUUCCUUCUUAUGUGAAAAAAGUCAGUCAAUUGAACUCGAUAAGUGAAUAUCUAAAAUUCCCACGACCUGAACGCAUUAGCCACUGUCUAUUAGAGAUGUGCCAUACUCUCAAUUAUUGCUUUUAGAUGAUGGUAUAAAUUCUACAAAAGUGACCAUUUCAAUGUUUCUCGGGAACAAAAACAUUAAACAGUUCAAAAUUAUGAUGGGGUUUAAUGUGGCAAAACUCUCCAUUUACAUGUUUUGUAAAAGUUAAGAUAAUGCUACAAACACAUCAAACCAUCCAAACUGAUCAUGGCAUUAAUGUGACAAAACGUCCAUAUCCGUUUGUCAAACUUAAACCAAUGCUAAACUGGAAAGCAUUCCUUCCAGUCCUCAGUUUAUAUAUCUCAUCAGGUGGGACAAUAGUGCAGCCGUAGAGCGUUGGCCUCACAGUUCUGAGGACGGGGGGUUUAAUCCUGGCAUCUGUGCGGCGUUUGGAUGCUCUCCCCGUGUCUGCGUGGGUUUUCUCUGGGCACUAACCCUUCCUCCCACAUCCCAAAAAUAUACAUUAGUUGGAGAUUCUAAAUUGCCCAUAGGUGUGAUUGUGAUUGCAACUUUUGUCUGUUUCCAUAUGCCCUGCGAUUGCCUGGCAACCAAUUUAGGGUGUACCCCGCCUCUUGCCCGAUGACAACUGGGAUUGGCUCCAGCACUCCCCCGACUGUCGUAAGGAUAAGCAGCUCAGAAAAUAGAAUGAUGGAUAUCUCGUCGCAAUAUUAUGACUUUUUCUUAUUAGAUUGCAUUUCACACCAUGUAUUUUAUUGUUUACAUUUUUGUUCCUGUAGUGUGGCUGCCAUAAUACUACUUCAUCCUAUCUAUAUUAUUAUAAAAUAUUUGCUAAUGACAGUACAUAAUGUAUGUAUCAAAUAGACAUUUAUGUCCAAUUUGUAUGCCAUUCGAAUGUACGGGACAUGUUUGGUGUUUCUCCAAGCAUGAUGGGAUAUCUUUAUCGUCAGUGGUUGUGUUUAUUUAGCUCAAAAUUGCAGUUUCCUUUUAAGUUGCAACCAAUUUUUGCUUAUUCAGACAUGAACCCUUCAUUUGUCUCUUUGCCAAACUUGUUAAUCUUGCACCAUGCACCUCAAAUUUGGAUUUAAGGUAUUGUCAUGCAUAACAUAAUUUCAUAACACACAUUGCCAAAAUGUGAGCUGUGGAGUUGUCGAAGAGGAGAUUGUAUCGAUCAAUGAAGUAUCAGUGAACCGAACUCCACCAGAUUUGAGACAAAAACAAGUCAGAUCUGAUAUUUGAUUUGGAUGUACAAAGUUGUCAAGUUAGUAAUUGGCUUUUUCAAAUCAAUUGUGCCUUUGAGCCAUUUCGCCUUGUCCUGGACGAAACCUGACUACCGCUGCAUGAAAUCUCUUCAAGUCAUGCAUGCAUUUUUGCAUUUGCUCAUUUGAAUGGUGCUCGGCCCUUAACGUGCAAAACGCAUAAUUCUGGAAUCAGACUGGAUUAGUCUUUACAGAGUCAUAAAGCUGUGGAAGGUGACGUUGAAAGAUGAGCAAUGCACCUCCUAUGCUAAAUUGUACGUGUGUGUGUGUGAGAGAGAGAUGCACAUAGUGUCUAAUGGUGAAUAUGUCAAGGAUGUUCCUCAGGUACAACAUGUUCAGAACAAGGAGGCAGCUUGAAUCGAGACUUAAAAAUCAGUGCCAUUUUCAUCCAAAUAGCAUUUAAAUGAUGUAGUAUUUCAUGUCCAUACCUAUAUUUUCCCCCAUUUGUGUUAUUAUUCUGCAUUGUCAUUACAAAUAGACAGGCUGCCAAACGUGGAACCUUUUUAUGAGUUACUUUGGAUGUGUGUCUGUGUGUGUAUGUGGUGAAGCUGCAGUGAAGCCCUGCUCCACUAAUGGAUUUGUGCAUCAUUGUUGCCUCAUCGCUAACGUCAACUCUGGUCUGCCUUUUACCUUGGCCUCAAACAAGACUAAAUCCAUAAAGGCAAACGGAGUGACUUCCUUUUCUCUAAUUGUGAUGGUACUACUAUACAGUACAUACUUUUCAUGCACACACACACUAUAUGCUCUGUAAAUGAGGUUUGAACAGGAGAAUGAUCAACAGUAGAUAUAAUCAUAACACAAAUGUUUUUG